AACCUAGCUCACUAUAUACUGCUUAGUCCACAAAGGCUAUAGCACUAUCUUUUUCUUUCUCUAGCUUUGCCACCCAUGGCUUCCUCUGCAAAAUUCACAUAUUUUCUCUUCCUGAUCCUAACCCUCUUCUUCUCUUUGCAAAUCCAUGCUAGAGAAAGCCAGUUCUUCAGCAAAGUCACAAACAACAAAGAGACAACAACAGUGAUCCCCAACAAAGAAGAAACCACAACAAAACAAAACCAACAAGAGCCAACCUUCAUCCCAGAGACCCAAGGCGGCUACGGCCUCUACGGCCACGAGUCCGGCCAGUUUCCUCCCACCACCACCACCCCAACCCACGUCAAUGCCGCACCCACCCGUGUCCCAUACAAAAACGAGUUCGACGAUGAAGAGUCCUUGAACAAGUACCUCAACACCAACGACGACCACAACAAGAACUACUAUUACAACACUAACGACGACCACAACAAGAACUACUAUUACAACACCAACGACGACAACCUCAACAACAAGAACAAGAACUAUUACUUCAACAAGAACGGCUACCAGGCCAGCCAAUACGGCGGCUUUGGCGACACAAAGCUGACGACGACAGAGAAAGGGUAUUCCACCAUGGCCAACCAGAACAACUACAAUGAGCGGCAAGGGAUGAGCGACACAAGGUUUAUGGCGAAUGGGAAGUACUACUACGACAUUCAUGGCGAGAAGUACAAUCCUAACCAGUAUGGGAACUCCAGAGGCGCCGUGGCUUCAAGAAACUGGUACGGCAACAAGGGUGGUUACUAUGGCAACAAUGAGAACUCCUUCGAGCGCAGCAACUCCAUGGAAGGGUACCAGAAUGAGGAAGAGUUCCAAGAGGAACAAAAUGAGUUCGAGCCAUGAUGAUGAUGAUGAUGAUGAUGAUGAUGAGUACAACAACAAAAAAGUUGCCAAGAAUUGUGAGAUUUGUUUAAGCAAAUUCAGGGGUGUUUUAUAUAAUAUUUAAAAGCACGCAUAGGUCGUUUUAUUAUAUAUGCAGGGUUCUUAUGGUCAAUUUGUUAUCUUGUUUGUGGGUUUGCAUACUCUUCAUGCUCUGAAAAGUUCAAGUAUGAAUUAAAGCAUAAUUUUGCUUUUGGUUAUAAUAAAAUGUAUAUUGUACUA